CAGUUCUCCGCCAGUUGUUAAAUCGCUUGGUUGUGUCGGCAACCGUCGCCACGACAACGCCGCUCCAAGCACAAACAAUUAGUUGCCAAUUUCAGGAGACAAUGAAAACCGAAACAACUUGAAUUGAAUGUUGUUGUGAGUUCUUUUGACUGACACAAAAACUGAUCCAAAGUGCAGUGGUGUGUGGCGAAAAACAAAGCUCCAACCGAAAGCAAAACCGAAAAACCAAAGAUUCAUUCAUUAUGGCAUCAGGUUUGCAGCGGGUUAACGAAAAUGAGAUGAAGGCAAUGGAUGCCAAUAGGUAUGCCACCAAGAAGACGAUCGCCCAGGGCAUGCUGGACAUCGCCCUGCUGACCGCCAAUGCCUCGCAGCUGAAGUACAUCCUCCAGGUGGGCGAACAGCACCAGUUCUACAAGCUGAUGCUGAUCCUGAUCAGUCUGUCCAUAGUCAUGCAGGUCCUGUCGGGCGUGCUGAGCCUGUCCCUGAGCCUGCUGCGGGAUUGCCGGCUGCAUCAGCCGGAGUUUCAUCAGUCGGCCAAUAUCAUUAACCAUGUGCGCACGGGCUUCGCCUUCUUCACGACCAUGAUCAAUCUGUUCAUCUCGGCCUUUGACAGUCGAUUGCCUCCGCCACAGGGCGACUUUCUAAACAACUAGGACUAGAGGCUUUUGGUGGGCAUUCUGUUCGUGGUCAUCGGGAGUCUCAACAUAAACAGGCAGCAGGAUCAGACGGCAGCGGUCAUCCUGAACGAUGUCAUUUUGGUAGUCGUGUUCAUAAUAUCCGUGGUGAACGUUAUCAUAUCCGGUUUCGGCAUAGAGUACUCAUCGCAGCCGCUCCGACUUCUCGAUCAGCACGAAAAGACACCGUAAAAUCUAGAGAUCCAACGAUUUACACUUAUAUUCAUACAAAUAUGUACUUUAAGGCUAAUGCAAACCUAAGUUGUAGAGGGAAAUAAAUGAAUGUAUUGAUACC